GGACGGUCUGCGGCGGAGGUUUCCAAAGAGCAAGGCAAAUCGAUGUCAGGGGACAUGCUCACGUUUAUUUGUUUUUGACCUUCUCAUCAUCACCAGCAUAAGAUGUCAUCGCUUAGAAAGGUGUUGCCAUGGUUACUACAGACUCAAUGCUGUAUUUUUUUUGAGAAGGACUCAGACCAGAAGAUUCCCCCUUGGUCCCCGUCUCAACACUUUGAUGAAGGCAGACGCCUCGCUGCAGCCAGGAACAUGAAGGGCUUAUCGGGCAGCCGCUCCCACCACCAGAUCCCUUCGCCGCACGCCCUGGACUACGACCCCCACCCCCACCACUUCCACUCCCACCAUGGCGCCGAGUCCCGCCACCAGUCCUACCUGCUCAGCCCCACCGAGAGCUGCCCCAUGGACUUCCACCACCGCUACUCGCCGCGCAGCUCCAUCCACUCCGACUGCAUGAUGGUGACCCCGGUCAUGAUGCCGCCGGCCGCCGCCUCCGACCACGUCUCCAGCAGCACCUUCCCCCGGAUGCACUACAGCAGCCAGUACUACGACCCCGCCGGCCGCGAGGACUGCGCCGCCAUCGCAGCCUCGGCCACCUCGCCCGCCCAGGCCCAGGCGCAGGCCCAGGCGCAGGCCCAGGCCCAGGCCCAGGCCCAGGCCGCCGCCAACGCCGCCUCAUCCGCGCAUCACGCCAGCGCCAAGAGCAACCGCCUCCCCGCCAACCUGCUGGACCAGUUUGAGAAACAGAUGCCCCUGCACCGGGGCGACGGCUUCCACACGCUGCAGUACCAGCGCACCUCCACCACCACCACCACCGCCACCGAGCAGCGCAGCGAGAGCCCCGGACGCAUCCGCCACCUGGUGCACUCGGUGCAGAAGCUCUUCACCAAGUCCCACUCGCUGGAGGGCUCGUCCAAGAUGAACGGCUCCAAGGGCGAGGCGGGCGGAGGCGGCGGGGGGAGCUACCACCAGCACCAGCACCACCCGCAACACCCCCACCAGUACGGCCAACACCCCCCCAAGCACGGCGGCAGCGGCGGCAGCAGCGGCGGCGGCAGCAGCAAGAGGAGCAAGAGCAAAGAGAGGAAGCAGCAGCAGCAGCAGCAGCAGCAGCAGCAGCAGCAGCAGCGGUCGGGCGGCUGGUGGAGCUCCGACGACAACCUGGACAGCGACAGCACGUACCGGCCGCCCAGCGUCAUGUCGCGGCACCACCACCAGGGGGAGCACUACCACCACGCCCCCGUGGGCCACUGCUACUCGGACGUGACGCAGGGCCACCACUCCUCGCACCACUACGGCGACCUGUCGCUCAAGACGUCGCGGAGCAACAACGACGUCAAGUGCUCGGCGUGCGAGCACCUGGCCAUGGCGCCCGAGGGGAAGUUCAUGAAGAGGAGCUCCUGGUCCACGCUGACCGUCAGCCAGGCCAAGGAGGCGUACAGGAAGUCGAGUCUGAACCUGGACAAGCCCAUGAUGCACACCGACCUGAAGCCAUCUUCGCGGCCCUGUCACUAUCUGCAGGUGCCCCAGGACGAGUGGAGUGGUUACCCCGGGGAUAAGGACGAGGAGAUCCCCUGUCGCAGGAUGCGCAGCAGCAGCUACGUCAAGGCCAUGGGCGAGGUGGACGACGACAGCGGCGACUCGGACGCCAGCCCCAAGACCUCCCCGCAGAGGGCCGUGCGGCCCGACGCCCUGGUGCUCAAGUCAGCCAUGCAGAGAGUCCACAUAGACCCCCACAGCUACCACUUACAGACCACCAGAGACAUGCGGCCACACACCAGCGUGACUCUGGACCCCAGCAGCUUCCACCCGCCGCCCUUCCGCUCGCGCAACCAGAGCUACAUGCGCGCUGUCAGCACCCUCAGUCAGGCUAGCUGCGUCAGCCAGGUGAGUGAGACUGAGGUCAAUGGCCAGUUUGAGUCAGUUUGCGAGUCCGUUUUUAGUGAAGUAGAAUCCCAGGCCAUGGAGGCCUUGGACCUGCCUGGCUCAUUCCGCACUCGAAGCCACAGUUACCUCCGUGCAAUUCAGGCCGGUUAUUCCCAAGACGACGACUGCUUGCCUUCAAUGACAUCCUCCACUGUCACUUCAACUCUCAGAUCCACAACAGAGGGAUAUGAUGGUCUGGAUGGCACUUCGUUGCUCAAUGAGGACAUGAUCGAGGACGAUGACGGGGCCAGCUCCUCCGCCUAUGUGGAGCUGGAGCGACUGGAGAGGGAGACGGCGGCCGCCCGCAGCCACCACAGCACUAGCUCCACCGUCACGGCCACCUCCGUGCCGCCCACCUCCCCGCCCUCCUACCGGGCGCCCGCGCCCCCGCACCCGCUCCCACGACGCUCGACCGCCUCCUCGGCCGAGGCGGCCGCCGUGCCGCCGCAGGCCAUCCAGGCCUUCAAGGAGUCGGCCAACAUGGUGGCCGCCUUCAACACGCAGUGGAAGGACGAGAUCUCGGCCAUGCGCUACGAGCUGGCGGAGCUGCGGCGCGACGUGUGCGGCGAGCUCAAGACCUUCAACAGCAACUUCUUCAACUUCACGCAGUGCUACAACAUGUGGACGCUGUGCCGGGAGAGCGGCAGCGACAGCACGACGCAGACGGACGACCGCGUGUCCGUGGGCAUCCAGGCCGGGAGCAGCUGGCCCCGGCGGCAGAACACGGAGGACAAGUCGGUGAUGUGCCAGCCCGAGCCGUCGGCCUUCAGCAUCAUGGACCUCAUGGACCCGCCCCGCAUCGAGAUCAUCGAGGGCACCCCGGACGUGUCGCCGGAGGGCUCCAGCAGCCCGGCCAGCCCGCGGCCCAUGGAGGACUUCACCUGGGAGAUCAGCAAGCAACCGAAGCCCCGCAAGCAAGCGGACACGAGCAGCGGCCACCGGAGCGCAAGUCUGGAACUGUGGAGUCGGAAGUACACCAGUGGGCCAAUGUCAUACCUGUCUAUGUCUUUCUGAUCAUUCCCAUUCUACACACUGUUCACACACACACACACACGUGUUCACCAGGGAUCUUGGAAGGGAGGCCCUGGGUUGGCUGAGAAAAGGCAGAACAGUGCAGUUUGCUUGAUGUCCCUUUACUCUUAUGUACACAGUCUUACAACCAGAAAGUACAAGUGCAAAGCGAAGGUGUCUAGGGCCUUAUCUUCAGAGCAGGAGGCACGCUUUGAUCAAGUUCAGAAUGACGUGACAGAGGAGUGUGGAAGAGAAUGACAGAUGCCGUGAUCCUUAAGUGCCAACUAGUUUAGCAUAUCUUUGUCACAAAGGAAGAUACAAAACCUUUUUGAUGAGCUAAUCCAAUGUUAGGUAAAGUGGUGUAAACUCCACCAUUGUAAACGGUAAGGUUCUGUUAGCCUCGAUACACAAUCGGUUGAAAUGUCAAACCUUCUAAAGUAGUUCUGUCUCUCUAGCUCACAUUCAUUCCAGUUUCUCUUUGAAUGGAAACGUUAUAUUAAGCACCUGAGCAGACUGAGAAAAUACUGUGAAUAACUUUAAGAUAAUCCUAGUGUUGGUUUCUUUUUUGAAGAACAUACAUGUGUGACUUCUACCAUAUUGCGUUGCAACUGUUCUGUUUACAUCCCGAUCAAAGCAUUCCUUUACCAUUGCCUUUUGAACCGAGUUCUAUAAAAAAAGGGAAACUUUUUUUACCCCCCCAUCUGCUGUAAUGUCACAGCGCAAAUAUAAACACAGUUUUGAUCAACAAUCCCAACUAAACCGCAUAAAGCAUCUUUUUUUAUUAGUGACUAGUAAUCAAGGAUAUAGUUUCUACUCAGUGGACUCUUACAGUCCCCUGAUAAAAUGUUUACAGUUGAUCAGGACUGUUAAAGGGUUUACAAAGUUGAUAGAAAAUAGAACCAAUAGUUAAGUCUAAGAUAGAUCAUCCAUUAUGAAUGUAUUGGCUUCAAUUCAUUCCUUGCACAAAACUCUACAUUCAUGUUGGAACUUUACCGAUGUGUAUAUAGAUGUAUCAUUUUUGUAUAUAGAGAAAACCUAUAUUCAAUACUUGUACUGUUUGCAAACUAUAACCAUACUGUGUUCUGACAUGACCGGGAGGGCAAAUAACUAGGGUUGAUGGUGGUUCCAAACCAAACCUAGCACUUUUUCCAUGGUGUCCUACCUUUGAGGUCCAUUUGUUCGGUUGGCGGUUAUUGAUUAAUUUAUUCACCUCAUAGGAAUAGUUUGUCAGACUCAUAUGAAUAGUUUGUCUGACUCAUAGAAAUCGUCCUUGCCAGUGUUUCCCAAAUCGUUUUUUUGUGCAGCAGCAAGCAAAGGUCAUCUUGCGUUGGUGUGUCCCAGAUGCUUUUAGAAACAGGCUUUUCAUGUCACUGACCCCGCAAAUAGACGCCAGACAACCGCCGCAGUGGGUCACUUCUUCUGGCCCUGGUGGAGCGCUGCUGAAAGAACAGGAUGGAAACACUGGUCUACACGUAGACAAUCAGAUCUGCUGAGGGCCUGGCCUCCCCUCCCCCUCCCUCCCUC